CAAUAAUCUCUGUUUCUUUUUUUGAAAAGGGGGGAGACUGUUUACCUUGGCUGAUUUACCAAUUUUGGAGAGAUUAAUCAUGGACAAUAGGAGGAUUCUGGUCAUCGCAGGCAGCGACUCAAGUGGUGUGGUCUCGAGGCAGACCAAAAAGUUAUUGCUGCUCAUGGCUGCUACGCCAUGACUGCAACAACAGCCUUGACGGCCCAGAAUACCACAGGUGUUGCUGACAUACAUCAUAUUCCUCCUGAGUUUGUGAGGAAGCAGAUCGAUGCUGUUUUCAGUGACAUUCACCCAGGUGUCGUGAAGACAGGAAUGCUAGCUUCUGCACGCACCAUCGAGAUGGUCGCACAGGCACUGAAGGAUUACAAGGUUGAGGCGUUGGUGUUGGACCCUGUCAUGGUUGCCACUACUGGCUCCCAGUUGCUGCCUUCGAAAGCUGUGAAUGAGUUGCGAACCCUGCUACUCCCCCACACAUUCAUACUCACGCCAAAUAUUCCAGAAGCAAAGCUCUUGAUGUCUGAUGGUGGCAAAGAAGCCGUCGAUAUUCGACGAGUGGAGGACUUGGAAGUAAUUGCUCGAAGAAUUCUCGAGUUAGGACCCAAGUGGGUGCUCGUCAAAGGCGGGCACGUACCGUUUAAGAAAGACGGUACUAUAGCUACGACCCCUGAAGAAAGAGAGAUGGUUGUUGAUCUCCUUUUCGGAGAGGGCCAGGCUACCAUAAUCGAGAGCCCGUACAUAGAUUCAAGCAACACGCACGGGACUGGGUGCUCUCUUGCUUCUGCGAUUGCCUCUAAUCUCUCUAGGGGGCUAAAACCUGUCGAGGCGGCCAAGGCUGCUUGCCGGUAUGUUGGAGCAGGUAUCAAGUCCGCGCCUGGAUACGGGAAAGGGAACGGCCCGAUUAACCACUUUCAUUCGAUGUUAACACUCCCUUUUGCUCCCGGACACUUCUUAGAGUAUCUCCUGCAGCGACCUGACGUAGCGCCAGUGUGGCAGGAUUACAUUAACCAUCCAUUUGUUUUGGGCCUAGGGAGUGGGGAGUUGCCUUUGGAGUCGUUCAAAGGCUAUCUGAUACAGGAUUAUCUGUAUUUGAUCCAUUUUGCAAGGGCAAAUGCGUUAGCCUCAUACAAGGCUAAGAAUAUAGACGACAUCCAAGCGGGGGCAAGAUUAGUGUCACACAUCCAUACUGAAAUGAAUCUUCAUAUCGAGUAUUGCAAAGAAUUCGGUAUAUCGAAGGAGGAGAUACAAGCGACCGAGGAACAUCAAGGUGCGAAAUCGCUUUUUCAUGAACUAUCACAUACCUAUAUUGGCUUCCAGUUGCUGAUUGACCUGCCAGCGUGCACUGCUUAUACGAGAUACGUGCUGGACAUUGGACAGUCUGAAGACUGGCUUGCUCUUCAGAUCGCGCUUGCACCGUGUCUAUUUGGUUACGGUGCUAUCGCGAAACAACUACAAGCCGACCCAAGAACGAAGAAGGAAGGCAAUACAUACUGGCUGUGGAUUAUGAACUACGUUGUCGCCGAUGAUGCGCAGGCGUUGCAGACCGAAUCCGCUCUUAUAGAGCAAAAGGCAAUUCUGCAAUCCCCAGCUAGGAUAGAGGAACUUGUCAAGAUAUUCAUUCAUGCUACCAAGAUGGAGAUUGGGUUUUGGGAGAUGUUCCCAUCAAGUUAGCAUAAGUCGGUACGUAUGUAAUGCGUAAAAGAAUUAUUCAAUGUUAGGCGUUAUGAUAAAAUAGCAGGCACAAUGAAUAGUUAGACGCCAUGAUUCAUAGAUAGCAUAUAUGUAUAUAUGACAUAUGACAUAUGAUGUGUCUGCAUAGUGCUAUCACUGCUCAUUAAUUGCGUAGCAGGCACUAAGAUAUGUACUAGUUACUGUGUAUCUUCAUAAUAGGCCUUAAAAGCGUGCGGCGUAUCUAGUAGAUACGGAGGCAGCGACACCUUAG